AUGCGAUCUUUUUCCACGGCUGGCGAUUUCACAACCAUGGCGAAGUUGAGAACUGCUUUGGUAGAUAAUGCACUGUACUACACAUCCUAUCUGGUCAUAUUUAUAACCGCACUGGUUUAUUUGUUGGCCAAGAAAGCUAUCAAAUUGGAUUUUGGUUAUCUGAAAGUGUUACUGAUCACUGCGGCAAACACAUGGGGGUUAUUUUUGGUCAUUCUGUUUCUCGGCUACGGUCUGGUCGCGGUACCUCGAGCUCUAUGGUCUGCGGGUAAUCCACUGGCCAGUUUACGUCGGGCCUAUUUCACACUGAGCCAGCGCAAUCUGGAGCUGGCCGACGAGGAAGACAAACUGGACGAACUGAUCGAACAAGUUGAACACUUGAAGGCCAGUCUACCGUUGAGUCAUCCGCUGCAACCGCAUUUGUUGGUCGUGGCCAAACAGGCCCAGGAGAGUCACCGAACCACCGAGUCCCCCUCCCGAUCCGCGAAAAACGCGCCUCCCAGAUUGUCCACUAACUCUUCCGCUCAUGCACAUCCCGACCCAGCCGGGUUAAGUCUGAAGCAGCUUACUCGACUACAUCGUUCGUUGAAAUCUACUCGGGAUCGAUGUGCACGAGCCAAAGCACUGUACUGGGAUGCGGUCAAACAGGCGAUUUGGAUUGAAGAUUUGAACACGUUCCGAAGUAAACAGUAA